AUGGCUAUACCAGUUCGAUCCGCAUAUUUCCCAGGCCCUCGUAUGCCUGCUAUCGCCCCCAGUCCAGCCUUCCACUUUCUCGGGACUGGGAGGGAAGAAGGGCAUCACGAACUAUCUGACUCUAUUUCUAUUCAACCCACGACGUUUCGGCUUCCAUGGCCGUCAUCAUUCCCAGCAGCAAGGCAGUGCCGCCACUGGAAAGAGGCCCAGGCUUCAUGUAUCGAGCUUAUAAUCAACAUCCGCCGGCUACAAGCCGAAAAAAGCAAGGUUGUGCCCGAUGGAUUCAUGCUGACCACACGGGUCGAUGAUUCCCCUGCUCUGACUCCCAAAGAGCAGCUCAUUGUUGACUCAGCCGUCAACGCUGCUGCUUAUAUGACACCAAACGCAUCGCCAGCACGCUCUCGGUUGAUUUCUCAGCUGUAUAUGUUGCUAUGGGUUCAGGAUGUGGUUGACGAGAUCACAGACACCUUGGUGCAGAUUGUCCGCCGCGAGAUACCAAUCCCGAAGCAGGGAAUAUAUGCGACGUUUGGUCUGAAUACCGAGAUACUCAAUGACAAUAAUGGAGCUGCAUGCAUACUUGUCGAGGAAUUUGCCUCGUUCAUCUCCUUCACCCGGGAGCAGAACCGGAGCGAGUUCAAGGGGUUGCAGGACUUUUUGGACUAUCGUGGACAAGACAUUGCGCUAGACUUUAUCUCCACUGGUAUCCGGUUUGGCAAUGGACUUUGCCUCACUGCAGAGGAAAUUCAUCCCCUGAAAGAGAUUAUCAACAAGGCGAACGACCAUAUGAUUUUUGUGAAUGAUUUCUACUCUUAUGAAAAAGAGAAGCAUGCGAUGGUGGAGGAGAAUGCCUGUAUCUUGAAUGCGGUGCAUUACCUUGACACUGUAUUAAGCUCGGGUUCCUCACUGGCGAAAGAGAUCACCAUGCUCUUAAUUCUGGACUGGGAGGCCAGGAUGGAGGAUUCCCUUCGCCGAUUGGAAACGGAGGCAGGACUGACACGCCCUCAGCUGCGGUAUGCCCACGCGAUGGUCGAGGCUGCGGCGGGAAACCUCUUGUUUUCUGUAACUUCCGUCCGGUAUGCCAGGGGACAUGAAAUGAAGGAAGGAAAUUAG